GCCCAAAAUCUAUUACUGGGAUUAACACUUCCAAACAACCAUUUCCUCACAGCACAGACGGUUCAGAUUUCUUCUACUACCGCCAACAAUCAAUCGGCGGUCACGAUCUCUCUGCCUUUUAAAUCCAGCAAUUCGCCUAGGGUUUGGCCUGAAAAUGUCGACCGGAAACCGUCGUCCGCCCCCGUUAUCAUCCUCGUCGUCCUCGGCCAAGAGGCCCUCAGUUUCGAGUCAGCCGAACAAGAAGCCCAUGGCGACCAGGGCCCAAGUGGCAAAAAAGCGCACAGCUCUCGCCGACGUCACGAACCAAAGAAAUGGCUCUCAGAGUGGUCAACCGACCUUCAUCGCUUCGUCGAAACCUCUGGUGCCAUGUGCAACUAAAAUUGCUAAGACAACGAAGGAAUUGUCUACUUGCGCGAGUAAUACUGACCUGUCAGGGAAUGUCUUUCCUCCAUCCUUGAGUGCAAAAUCAAGCAUCGUGGUUCCUUUCAGUGAUACAUCCUUUUCAGGAAGGAAUCCGACUACUGAAAUAGUUGCCACUAAUCCUUCUCCAAGCAGCAGUGUUACUGUUCUUCCUGCUCCCAGUAGCAUAGUUCAUACAUUCAGAAAUAGGGAUGGAUCUCCAAGCAGAUCAGUUAGUGGUUCAGUUUCUUUAGAUGAGAACAUGUCUACGUGUGAAUCUUUGAAGAGUCCAGAAUUUGAAUAUAUUGACAAUGAGGAAAUUUCAGAAGUUAAAUCGAUUGAGAAGAAGACAACUAAAAGCCUCUGCAUCUCAGACUAUCCAGGAAAAGAAGGAAACAUCUGGAAGAAAGAUACAUUUGUCAAUAUGGAGACCACAGAUAAAAUUGUUGAUAUUGAUAACAAUCUUAUGGACCCACAGUUUUGUGCAACCAUUGCAUCUGACAUAUACAAACACUUGCGUGACUCUGAGGCAAAUAGAAGGCCCUCCAUGGACUUUAUGGAAAGGAUCCAGAAAGACAUUAAUGCCAGCAUGCGCGCAAUUCUGAUUGAUUGGCUAGUUGAGGUUGCUGAAGAGUUCAGACUUGUACCAGAUACACUCUUUCUGACCAUCAACUAUGUAGAUCGUUAUCUUUCAGGCAAUGCACUGAAUAGGAAACAAUUGCAAUUGCUGGGUGUUGCCUGCAUGAUGAUUGCAGCUAAAUAUGAGGAGAUUAUUGCUCCCGAAGUGGAACAGUUCUGUUACAUUACGGACAAUACAUACGUCAAAGAGGAGGUUUUGCAAAUGGAAUCUUCUGUGCUGAAUCACUUGAAGUUUCAAAUGACAGCUCCAACGACUAUGUGCUUUUUGAGGCGGUUUUGUUUUGUUGCUCAACAGACCAGUGAGGUUCCAUCGCUGCAGCUCCAGUGCUUGGCCUUCUACAUAGCAGAGUUGUCUCUUCUCGAAUAUAGCAUGCUUUGUUAUGCCCCGUCACUAAUAGCUGCUUCUGCUGCUUUCUUGGCAAAGUAUAUACUUUCCCCUUCAAAGAAACCUUGGAAUUCUACAUUGAGACACUACACACUUUAUCAAGCCGCUGAUUUGUUUGAUUGUGUCAAAGCACUGCAUCGCCUAUGUUGUAAUGGUUGUAGUUCUGACUUGCCUGCGGUUAGGGAGAAGUACUGUCAACAUAAGUACAAGUUCGUGGCCAAGAAGUACUGCCCUCCAUCAAUACCUACGGAGUUCUUCCAGGAUUUAAACAACUAGAAGCUCACAUAACUCACUGUUCCAAUUUGAAGAGUCAUUUCACAAUGCCCUAUUGCACUCUGUGUAUGAAUUUCAACACGACGCUGGCUUCUCACUGCACUGUUUCCUUGCUAGAAAACUUACCAGAAGUUAGAAUCUUGUAAAACUUGUGCGAUUGUCAUUCUUGCUUAGAUACUUUAGUGUACUUCAAAGAUCAAAAUACGUAUAGAACCAUUUCUCUUUUGUAGUCUA